AUGUUCGAAACGGUGAAGGAGGAUGUGGAGGGCAUCGAGAUGCAGGUCACGUCAGGUGCCUUUCCGACAUGGCUGCAGGGAACGAAGUACAACAAUGGCUUUGGCAAGUUUGAGAACUGUUCAGCAGACAAAGUACUGGCACGAUGCCCAGAAGCCUACCUGUCCAUUAGGUAUACGAAGGCUAAGCCGACGUACCGCACUUUCAAUGGCACCGAGCCGCCUUUCACAAAAGCAGAGGAAAUCGAUACGCUGACCCACCCUUUCAAGACCAACGACAACCUAAAUGUUGCAAUUUUGCAGCUGACAACUUCAGGUCGCAUGUUUGGGGUGUCUGACAUGAAGGGUUUCAAUGAGGCACAGGACAAUCUGGACUAUGUCGGUGGCCUUCAGCUCGUUGAGAAGAACAAGCCAGCGAUCUCUCAGCUGCCCAUCCUGGGUAUAGACGUCGUCACAUGUGCUCACGUUGGCAACACACUCGGUGACAAGUAUGUGUACGGCUACAACUACCUACUUAUCGAUGGCUUUGAGAACGACUUGGCGGUCUGGCGGGUUGACAUGACGCAGCCCGACAAAGGUGUCGGCAGCAGCCUGGAACGUGAGUGGAUGGCCACUGUGAAGGUUCCAGGGGCAACGCAUGUAAGCUACAUGCACACUUUCGCCAACACAAAGAAUUAUUUGGUUUUUGUGGGCACCGCAUUUCAAUACAACAUUGGUGGCAUCCUCCGAUACACUAACAUCCUGAAGGCUAUGGAAUGGCACCCGGAAAAGAACAACAUGCUUUGGGUAUACGAGAAAGCAUCCGGAAAUUUUAUCAAAACGUUUACGUCGGAUGCAUUCUGGUUUUACCACAUGGUGAACUGCUAUGAGGAUGGCAGCAAAGUUGUGAUGGACAUCAACACUGUCGACUACCGGCAUAUUGAGACAGCUUUUGCAAACGAGAAGCUGCGCUACGAUUAUGCCUGGGAGUUUGAGGAGCUAGGUAGGGAGAAGCCCACCAUCAGACUUGUUGUGGACACCGCAGCAGAUGAUGGGACCCACUUCUCUCCAGAGGUAUAUGUGGGGUCUCAGCUGGAGUGGAAAGCACUUGUGGUGACUCCGCUGUUCUUGGGGGAGUAUAGGUGGGACAACAUCGUCAAGUUUGAUGUGAAGUCAAAGCAGAUUGUUGCAACAUGGCACAUGGAAGAUCACUACCCUGGCGAGCUGAUCGCCGUCCCAAAGCCUGGAGCCGAAUAUGAAGACGAUGUCGUGAUCCUUGUCACCAUGCUUGGAGGAGACUACGGUACCUCUUACCUGAUGGCCAUGGACGGUCGCGACCUCUCCCCCAUUGCGGAGGCGCGUGCGCCCUUCCCUCUGCCUUUUGGAUCUCACGGAUGCUGGCAGGGGGCUGACAGGAGCCGGGGUUGCUUCCUGGAUCUUCGUUGGGAAUCCUUUAUGUGGGGCUUUCCCUAA